GGUCGUGCGUUAUUUGACUGAGAAUGAUUUUAAGGAAAGGACGUAUUUGUCAGCAACAUGUGACAUACAUUCCAGCUGUAUAUAAAUAUAUAUAGUUUUUUGGUGAUGCCAGAAACUAGUUUUUAUAAAGUGCAUUUAAAUUGCGUCGAAGAUUGCAGUGGUUAUCGUGUGUGUUUGUGACAGCAGCCUAUACAAAAUAAAUAAAAACGCGAUCUGGAGCUGUUUGGGACAUCUGGUCAGUCCGGCCCACUCAAUGCAUGUAGUGUACUAUUUUUUUCUCUCUCCUACCCCUAACCCUAACCCUUUUCCUCUGCAGUGGUGUUGCGCAAUCAGGAUUGUAUCAAGCUGUGCUGUUCUCCUCUCCAGACACAUUUUCUGUAAUAUAUCCGCCCACUUCCUCUCUUCACAAAGAUGUUUUUCUUCACUAGCAUCUGUAUUCCGGCAAAAGGUUCCAUUAAUCCAAGGGGAUCAGAUCAUGUUUCAUACUGAGUCGGUCCGACUCUCUAUUGCCUAAGUAUGUAAGGAACAGUUAUAAUCGUUGACUUUUAAAUGUUUUUUUUUUUGUUUUUCUGUACCUCAGUUGAGUUUUAGCUGGGUUUUUAAGAUGUCAAGCAACCAGACUCCAUCUGCUGACUCGGAUCCUCCCAAAUUCCAUCGCCUGUUCAAGUUUUAUGACCCUGAAGUGGUGGCAGUAAGUGGAUGUGGGGCAAAUAGUUUGACAUUAAGGAAGAUAGAUAAUGCUCAUGGCAAUAUUAUUAGGCUUGAUCCAGCUCCUCCUGACCGCACCAACCUACAACAUCAGCCUUGAUAUAAAUUUUUUGUAUAUUUGCCCCCUCUGUGUUGGUUCUGUGUCUGUCAUUGCUGGAUCGUUUGGUAUGGCAUCUGAAAGAACACCCAAGAGAGAUCUGUUAAAGUACUGUCUGAUCUGUGGUCUUGCUGGCCUGGUGGGGACACUGAUUGGACUUGUUCUGUAUAGUUAUGCUGCAAGUACCUCUCUGAACAUCCCUUCCUGCUCAUCUGAAUACAGUGAAAACUCAACUUGUCCAGAUAUAAUCUUUCAAAGUUUAUACAAAGCCAUCUCUGGGCAGCUGGUGUUUUAUAAUAUUGCAACUCUGGUUAUUCAUUGUUUUCUAUUGUUUUCUGCAUUUAAAGGACUGAGGAAACAUUGAGAUGACAUUUUCCAUACACCACACACUUCUCUUUUAGGCACAGAUUUUUUAUGAGCAUCUAAUCCUUUAUAUUGUGAUUAAUAUUUUGCCUCCAUUUCAUCACUGUUAUUGAUAUUCUGUCAUUGUUUUCUCUUCUUCUUGUUAUGUGAAUUUACAAUAUUGUCACGUAGUGCAAAAAAUACAGAUCUGAAAGUCUUUGUGAAACUGGAAUUAUAUAAAAAAAAACUUACUAUACACUGAAAACAUUUAACCAACUAUUAGCCUACUGAAAAUGUAAGUUUAUACUUUAAAAUAAAAAAAUAAAAAUAAAAAUAAAACAAUGUGGUACCAAAAUUACAACAUUGAUGGUAUUUUUGACCACUUUGUUUCAGUAGCAGUGAAAUCAUUGCUAAUGAAACGAUCAGUGAAACUCUGAAAACUAUUAAAAUCACAAGUUGCCGUGUCAAAUAAAAUGAGUAUAAUCAAAUGUGUAAAACAAUUAUGAAAACACAGCUUUACAGUGCUAAAAUAAUGUAUUUUUAGUGCUUAUAUCUGUAAAUGUGUGAGACCAUUUUGUUCUGAAAUAUUAAACUUUUAUAUUUAAAAGUA